GUGGAUCAUGGCAGGGAGCCCUGUCCAUACAGGAUCAUCGGGGACAUCGGCGGCGCGUUCGGAAUGGGGGCAGUGGGCGGAGGCAUCUGGCACCUGGUCAAGGGCAGCAAGAACUCCCCCAGCGGCCAGCGGAUGCGAGGAGGCCUCGAGGCGAUCAGGCGGGAGGCGCCGAGGAUAGGCGGGAGCUUUGCGGUGUGGGGCGGCCUGUUCUCCACCUUUGACUGCACGCUGGUGGCCCUGCGCCACAAGGAGGACCCCUGGAAUUCCAUCGCCGCCGGCGCUCUCACCGGCGGCUUCCUGCAGCUGCGCACAGGCACGCCCCCCUUACACCUGAACUUUGAGUCGGCGGCGUUUGGCGGGGUGCUGCUGGCGAUGAUUGAGGGAUUGGGCAUCCUGCUGACGCGCGCAACUGCGCCACCCCCGGCCCCUCCCAUGAUGGAGAUGGCCCCCGGAGGCGCCCCCCUGCCCCAGCCAGGUCAGCUUAUUCCCCCCUUGCCAACCCCAGAUGCAAAGGGUAUGUGUAGCACCGCAGAGCCCAAAAGCACACCUUCCAGCAGCGGCGGCGGUGGCGGAUUCUUUGGCGGCUGGUUCGGUGGCGGUGGCAAGGGGAAGGAGGAAGAGGCGCCCAGCAGCGGAGGAAGCUUCGAGGACAGCUUCACGCCGACUCCGCAGUUCCGCUAG